UCAACACACACACUUACACACACACUCUACAGAGCACAUCUUGAGUAGUUUAGAGACAGUCCUCAGCAACAUAGGAAGAGAGAGUGGAAAAAAGGUGUGUGUAAGAGUAGUACGUUUAUUGUUUUUUUUUAUGUGGUGUGAGCGUUGAGGACAGGUGUGUGUGUGUGUGUGUGUGUGUGUGUGUGUCUCUGUGCGUGUGUGUAUGUGUGUGACAGUGUGUCACAGUGUGUGUAUGAGUGUGUGUGACAGAGUGCUGGCGUGUGAUGGCUCUUUUGCGUUAGUACUUGUUCAGACGGGAGAGUUGGAGGCAGUUCUUUUGUAGGACUCGCAGGGAAUGGCAAACUACACGGUAACCCUGGAAACCUAUCUCUAAUGACAAUGGCUGAGGCGAUCUGCUGCACCUUGGUGAACUGUACCUGUGAUAGUUUCAAACCUGGGAAACUGAAGAAAAGACUGUGUGAGCACUGCAAGCAUGGAUGGGUAGCGCACGCUCUGAGCAAGCUGAAGCUGCACCACAUGUACCAGGGCAGCCAGGUGGAGAUCGUCCACUCCAACGUGGUCUUUGACAUCUGCAGCCUGAUGCUCUACGGGACCCAGGCAAUCCCGGUCAGACUAAAGAUCCUGCUGGACCGGCUGUUCAGUGUCCUGAAACAGGAGGAGGUCAUCCAGAUCCUCAAUGCAUUGGACUGGACCCUACAGGACUACAUCCGAGGAUACGUCCUACAGGACAUAGCAGGGAAGGUGUUGGACCGCUGGGCCAUCAUGACGUUCGAGGAGGAGAUUGCUACGCUGCAGCAGUUCCUCCGCUUCGGCGAGACCAAGUCCAUUGUGGAGCUGAUGGCGCUGCAGGACAAGGAGGGCCAGGCCGUGCUGGUCCCCAGCACCCGCACCAACUCAGACAUCCGCACCUUCAUCGAGCGCAGCACCCCGCGCACUGCCACCACCAACAACGUCCUGACCCCCAAGGUGGAGAAACUGAGCUCGUCCAAAGCGCACCACUUUGAGAACUUUAUUAAUAGUAUGGCGUUUAUGCUACCAUUUCAAUUGUUGGGCUCCGUGCCAGCGCCUCUCCUGGGGUCACCACCGGGGGCGCUGCAGCAGCAGCAAGGGGGGCAGAUGGAGCAGGGGCAGAGACGGGGGGACGAGAACCCCAACGCCCUCCCCCUCCCCGGGCCGCCUCCCACCGAGAGCAGCCUGGUGGGCUCUAGCUCCGCCUCAUUCACCUCUGACCUGGACAGGGGUGGAGACAACCCUAUGGACGGCCUCUCGGCCACGCCCAAGAUGGAGGCUGAGGACUUCCCCACCAGCGACAACUACUCAGACGGCCGCUCCACACCCUGCACCCCCUCCAUGAUGAACUCUGACUUUACCCAGAUGUCCCCGGAUAGCAAGCUCCAACGCUCCAUGGACCGGAAUGGGGGAGGCGGGGGAGGAAGUCUCAAGAAGGGGCGUGUGUACUGCAGUGCGUGUGACAAGACCUUCUACGACAAGGGCACGCUGAAAAUCCACUACAACGCUGUGCACCUGAAGAUCAAGCACAAGUGCACCAUCGACGGCUGCAACAUGGUGUUCAGCUCGCUGCGCAGCCGCAACCGCCACAGCGCCAACCCCAACCCGCGCCUGCACAUGCCCAUGAACCGCAACAACCGCGACAAGGACCUGCGAGGCGGCGGGAGCCUUUCGGCCGACGAAGACUCCGAAGCAAGCGACAAACCGCAGUCUGAGUACCCCCACUCAUCCAUCCCGGUGUCCCUGACCUCGUCCCCCGACAGCCAGAAGUCGGUUGCCAGCUACAUGGUGAGCCAUGUGGACUCCACCACCAGCAGCACCAAGCUGCACCACAGCAGCUCCUUCCCCAGCAUGGGGCACCUGGGCCACGGCAUCCUCUUCCCCAACCUGAAGACAGUGCAGCCUGUGCUGCCUUUCUACCGGAGCCUGGUGACCCCUGCCGAGCUGGCCAACAGCCCCGGCCAACACCUCCCAUCCCUCCCCGUCCUCUCCUCCUCGCUUCCCCUCAAACCUACCUCCAUCACCGCCCCAGACGCCUGCGGUGCCAUCAUCGACCCUGUGCCCAAGAAGAAGUCGCGGAAGUCGAGCAUGCCCAUCAAGAUCGAGAAGGAAGUGGUAGAGAGGGAGGGAGGGAUGGGGGAGGACAGCGGUUCAGAGGACAUGAGCCCUAUACAGGGUAGGGACAAGGAGGAGUGUGAGAGAGGGGUAGGAGGAGGGGGGGAUUUGUGUACGAGACAGAUGGGUGUAGAGAGGGAGAGGGAAAGAGAGGAGAGAGGAGUCAUUCUAGCUGGGGAGAGAGGCGAGAGGGAGGGGGUGAAGCGGCAAAGGUCCCACAGCCCGGAGAGAGAGAUGUGUGGAAGCAGGGAACAAGAGGAGGACAAAGACGAAAAAGAAGAGGGAUCCCAGCAGGCAGAGACAGGUAUGAUCACCUGCGCCUCAUCCCCCUAUGAUGGAAAACUCAACCACAGAGAGAACCACAGCCUCUCUCUGAGCAGAGACCACACAGAGACAGAGGGAGAGGAGGGCGACCAACCAACCUCCCGGCACCAAGACAAGCUGUGCGACGACAUGGACCACCGACUGACCAACGGCGGUUUGUUCAGACUAGGUGACAGAGGGAAGGAUGGACCAGAGGGCUGUAUGGAAGACUACACCGACUCUAGCCUCCUGCAGUCUCGUAUGGACUCUGAGGGGCCACUGGACAGGGAUGACCUUCCACACCACUGUGAGAUCUGCAGCAAGACGUUCAACAACCAGUACAGUGUGAAGAUGCACUACCGCAACGUGCACCUGAAGGAGAUGCACAUGUGCACGGUGGCUGGCUGCAACGCUGCCUUCCCCUCCCGCAGGAGCAGAGACAGGCACAGCUCCAACCUCAACCUCCACCACAAGCUGUUGACCAAAGACCUGUACAGCCCAUCACCCCGCUCCCUAUACUCCCCAGCCUCCCUCUGCAGGGACAAAGACCCUGUCAGCCUGGACUACCGCCAGGACCUGAGAGACCUCCAGAGGGAUAGAGAGCUCCAGAGAGACCCAGGCAGCCAGACGUCCGUCAUCUUCAGAGGACACAACCGCAUGGGCCUGGUCUUCCCCAUGAGCAAGAUGGCCGAUGAAAGGACAGGGGAGAAUGCAGGAGAGGAGCUGGGAGGAGGAGGAGGGGUGGAGGAGGGGACGGUACUGGACCUAAGUACGUCAUCGUCUGUACCUCCUCGUGGUGGCAGCAGCGCCCGUUCCUCCUGGGACUCGGAUGGGGCAGGCAGUGAGGAAGGGGAAGGGCUAGAGGAGGAGCCUCUGCCAAUGGAGGAGGACAGCGAUGGGGAGAGCUGCGAUGGGAUUGGUCUUGGAGGCCCCAGUGGGGAAGGAUUAGGUUCGGGCGGGGAGAGGACCCUGGGCUGUGUGGGGGGAGGACAGGUGGGGCCGCAGGGGGGCGGAGGUGGCUCACCCAUUACCUGCCACGUGUGCCAGAAGGUAUACAGCAACAAGGGGACGUUCAGAGCCCACUACAAGACUGUCCACCUGCGCCUGCUGCACAAGUGUAAAGUCCCAGGCUGUGACACCACAUUCUCGUCAGUACGGAGCCGCAAUAGACACAGCCAGAACCCCAACCUGCACCGCAACCUGACUGGCAGUGGCGGCGGCACCACUCUAGACCAGGAGUAGGGCCUUGCCCAAGCUUCAGCUCACACAGACCCUGAUUCACUCUCACUGUAUUCUUUAGUGUUUGUUUAUUUCACACCAGAACAGGCUUGCAGGUUAGCACUUUUUGAAAAAAAAUCCAUUGUUUUUGGGGGGGCAAUGUCUGUAGUGAGCUUGGGAUUGUGGAAUCCAGCUGCAUUUUUCUUUGUUAUGGCAGAUUGUAUCUGCUUUUUUUGUGCAAAUGUUACAGGACAGUAUAUCUCCCUGAAUGUUGAGUGGAUUUCUCCAGGUACAUCAAGUUCAGCAACCUCAAAUUGUUCUGAGGUACACAUGAAGACCUUCUGCAUUCCAUUCCUUGGACACUCAUUUUAGACUAAUUAUGUUUCCUUCCCCCUGCCAACAUUUUUGAAAUAUGUUCUUUUAAAUUGAUAUUUAUUGAUGGUACAUGUAGAAAAACAGCAAUUUAUUUUGGACACGAAAUUGACAAGUCAUUUUCCUAUCAUGUAUUUUUGUCUUGAUUUAAAACACUUAAUCAUGCAUCAUCUUUUAAAACGUUGUGCAUCUCAACCCCUCUCUCUAGCUCUUUUAUUUCUAUGCACUAAUUCUAAAUAGUUAGCCUUACAGUCUAGUAUAAUUCACUCACAUCCAGUUUAGGAUCACCUGCUAGUUUCUAAAUCACAUACUGUUCAAGUGACACUUAUCUCCAAUCAUCAACAGUGUUGGAAAAAGUAAAGAUACCUUCAUAGAAAAUGACUCGAGUAAAAGUGAAAGUCACCCAGGAAAAUACUACUUGAGUAAAAGUAUUUGGGUUUAAAUAUACUUAAAUAUCAAAAGUAAAUGUAAAAGUAUAAA